AAGUCUACAUCUACAUCAUCCUCCUCCUCAGGUCUGAUAUGAGAAGAGCACAAAAAGUAGAAAAUUCUUCUUCUUCUUCUUCUACCCGACCGGUACUCUUCCACGGCGUUUCCUCGUCUUCUCAAAUCAGGGUUUCCCUCAGCUCUCUGGGUAUAGUCUCACUUCUGAGUCUCCUGUAUAUUGUUUAUUUGCGACCAUUGCUCUACUACCGCCUGAAAUCUGAACCUUUUUCUUUUUCCCCUCGAUGGAUACUGCAAGAUGUGCAGCCCGAAUAUCAGUUUGAUGUUUAACCAGCUGAGCAAUUAUAUUUCGGUGGAGGUGUGACGUAAUUAUCUGCAAUUGUUGUUCUUUGCUGAUCUCAGAUGGAUGAUGGUGGGCAUCGUGAAAAUGGAAGACUCAAAGCAGAACAGCAGUAUAAAGCAGCUCAGGGUCAGUGGUUGAUGCAACAUCAACCACAUCAACCAUCGAUGAAACAGAUAAUGGCCAUAAUGGCCGAGAGAGAUGCAGCCAUUCAAGAAAGAAAUUUGGCCUUCUCUGAGAAGAAGACUGCCCUUGCAGAGCGAGACAUGGCAUUCCUGCAGCGAGAUGCAGCAAUUGCAGAACGAAAUAAUGCCAUAAUUGAACGAGACAAUGCCAUUGCAACACUUCAGUACCGGGAAAACUCCUCCUUAACCAGUGGCAAUGUAUCUUCAUGUCCACCAGGAUGCCAAAUUUCACGUGGGAUCAAACAUAUGCACAACCCGCAGCAGCAUGUACAUCACCUACCCCACAUGAAUGAAGCUUCAUAUGGUACAAGGGAGAUGCACACAAACGAUUCCCUGCCACUACCACCAGAUCCUCCCACAGCUCCCAAGUCUAGGCAGACCAAACGACCCAAGGAGCCCAAGACAAUGCCCCCAAACAAAAAACCUGUGAAAUCUCCAAGGAAGGUCAAGAGGGAGAGCGAGGACUUGAACAAGAUGACGUUUGACAGAUUGCAUGAGUGGAAGGGUGGUCAGGAAAUGUGCGGUGGUGCUGAAGAUCUUAACAAACAGUUAGUUGUGUCAAAGUCUGAUUGGAAAUGUCAGGACCUGGGCUUGAACCAGGUUGCAUACGAUGACUCCACCAUGCCAGCACCGGUGUGCUCCUGCACUGGUGUUCUGAGGCAAUGCUACAAGUGGGGAAACGGGGGUUGGCAAUCCUCGUGUUGCACUACUACAAUGUCAAUAUACCCACUGCCAGCAGUGCCCAAUAAACGACAUGCAAGAGUGGGUGGCCGGAAGAUGAGCGGAAGUGCUUUCAACAAGUUAAUUAGUCGACUGGCAGCUGAAGGCCAUGAUCUGUCGAAUCCAGUUGACCUCAAGGACAACUGGGCCAAGCAUGGAACAAAUCGCUACAUUACGAUCAAGUAGACUUGGGAGCGGUUUUAAACUGGGUAGAGAUACAGACAGGUAGGAGAAGGGCACAUAGGUGUUCAUGCAAUUCAAAAUUUGUUUUCAGCUUGGUUGUUGGGGCGGUAAGGAAUUGAUAAAGAGGCAGUUGAAGUUGUUGGGUUUGGGAAUUCCAAUGUACUUGGGGAUAUAUCAUAAUCCAAGUUCAAAUGCAGCUAUAAACAGGCUGCUUCUCUUGGUCCUUUUUCUGGUACAUUAGUAGGUGGAUGCUUAAUGUGAAAUUUCUGUAAUUCCAUCCGGGUAGGCUCAAAUCAUCUCAGGCUAUAGAACUUCAUGUAUUUGUAUCAGGAACAUAAUCCACAACUGUAAGUUCAAUAGUAUAAAUUUCUUUCACCUUAGUGAGAA